AUGGCACAACCGGUCGCACAGUUAGAGAAUGUCCUAGCAGAGAUAAACACCUCCAAGUGCAAAAAGACGUUCAAUCGUUUUAAAUCGGAUCGAUUUAAACGUGUAAAGCCGUCGUGGCGUCAUCCAAGAGGAAUUGAUAAUCGUGUGAGGAGAAAGUACCGUGGCACGAUAUCAAUGCCGAACAAGGGGUUUAAGACUGCCGGUGUCAUCAAGAAUUUAACACCGGAUGGAUACAGGAAGGUGAUGGUGAGCAAUGUUAGAGAACUGGAGGCGUUGACGUCGUUGAACAUGUACUACUGUGCCGAGAUCAGGCAUGGUGUGGGUGCGAAGAAAAGGAUCGAAAUUGUGUCAAAGGCUGAUGAAUACAACAUUUUGGUGACUAAUCGAACUGGCAAGUUGGUGGAGGAUACGAAGUAAAGCUCUUUUAUUUGAUAGAUAGCUAUUUGUGUGUUACGCCGGCAGUUUGUUGCAUUGUGGGAUGAUCAUAUUCUGUUACCGGUUAUGUUUAUUGUAGUGCCGUAUUCACCCUUCCAUCAGACUGUGCUAGUGGACUCUAAACGGUAUGUGUAAAUCAUACUUAUCGCGUUUUAUUCAUAACCGCUCACACGCUGUAAGCGUAGUAGAAUUGUUUAAUGAUUUUUAAAUCUGCUGUUGGCGAAAAUAAUGCACAGCACGUAUGAUAUUCUAAAAAAUGUAUCUUUGUGUCAAUUGCUGUAAAUAAAGGUCAUCUUCGUAGCAAA